UGGCGUUGGCACUAGAAACAAAGCUCCCAUAGUAACAGGCUACUACGCAUGAAGAGCCAGAGGAGACAGGGGGAGAGACGAGGCACCUUUUCAGUACGUGAGGCCAGUUCCUUGUGAGACGUCGUGAGGCAACUUCUGGCGAGGAAGGUCGACGGUUGAGACUCGCUCAAGAUGCGUACCACGCCCAUGUGGUUAACCCUAAUUCUCCUCGUGGGCGUGAAUGGAGCUGCCGUCGUGGGCGAGGAUGAAGGCUCGUGGGCGGCGUGUGAAGGGGCGGUCUGCCAUGAGGUGCUCCGGCAGACAGAAGGCCUCCACAGACUCAAGCUCCUCAGAGGAUAUAUCAUCCAGACAAUGCGUCUGAUGGACAAACUCGUGACCAGCAUGGACGAGGAGCUAGUUCAGGCGGGCAAGGGAAUGGCAGACUUCAUUGGGCCCAAGUGCGAGGCGUCCCACUCCUUCCUGAGAGACAUCAUUGCGACGACAGCGGCUACUGAUCGGAGUGAUGUCAGUGAUAACUUCUCGUCGACGUCACAGCGAGAGAACCUGAUUGAAGAUGACGGUGACGACGAUCGGUGGAUCACACAGACUUCCUCCACAACAAUUAGAGUCGAGGAUGACUCACAAGAAGACGACCUCGAGCAGUCUUCCAGCUUUAUCAGCAGCAGCAGCACGAGCAGCAGCACCAGCAGCACCAGCAGCGGUCGCGGCUUCAGCUCCCAGAGCACAACCAACAAAGCCCAAGCCUAUGGCAAUGGCGGUAAAGACUUGGGGGGAAGGCCAUCUCAGGGCUCUCCAAGACCGCCGUACGUUCCCCCGGAGACACCAGGCGCCCAAGACGGGAGGGGAAGGGGCAGCACAGAGGGAGGUCGUCAUACCUGGUCAGGGGGGAACAGAGGUCAACAUGGCGGGUCAGGCUGGAGAGAAGGUCAUCAUGGCGGGUCAGGCUGGAGAGGUCAUCACAGGGCUGAGAGCACCACGAGCAGGAAGUAUUAUACCGACGCUAGCGGAGGUACUGGGUCAGGCUGGGGCGGUGCCAGCGAUAGAAAUGGAGGUACUGGUUCAGGCUGGGGCGGUGCCAAUUCAGGUAGCACAGGGGCAGGCUGGGGCGGUGCCAAUUCAGGUAGCACAGAGGGAGGCUGGGGCGGUGCCAAUUCAGGUAGCACAGGGGCAGGCUGGGGCGGUGCCAAUUCAGGUAGCACAGGGGCAGGCUGGGGCGGUGCCAAUUCAGGUAGCACAGGGGGAGGCUGGGGUGGUGCCAACGGGGGAAAUGGGUGUAAAGGAAUACCGCCUGGCUCUCCGAACUGGGUGCCAGGACUGGACCAGUGGUGUGCUCAGAACUGCGCUGCUGGUUACUGCCCCGAAGCUCAGUGUGUGUGUUGAAGCCCCUGAGUAUUCACGGCACAGCCACC